GGCAGGGCAGGAUGCCAGGCUUCCAUGAUGAUCAGUGCUUCUGGCCAAAUGCCGUGCUGUCCGGCCGGCAGGGGUCCUCAUCCUGCUGCCUGCAGAGCCAGGGAAGUGAAUGGUCAGAGAGCUUCAGUGGGAGCCCCGCGGCUGCUGCAGGAGCCAGAGAUCCUGUCCGGGCCACAGAACCUGACGCUCGUGGUGCACCAAACAGCAGUGCUGGGAUGCAUCGCCACCAGCCACCCACGGCCACUAGUCUCCUGAAGCCGCCUGGGUGGGCAGUCACUCUGCCUCCCAGAGCCCCCAGUCCUUUGCCCUUUCCCAGCUCUGACCCCUUGCCUCCCUGCAGACGGCCGCUCCAUCGGCGUGGAGGGCAUCCAAGUCCUGGGCACCGGGAACCUCAUGAUCUCUGAUGUGUUGGUCCAGCACUCGAGCAUCUAUGUCUGUGCAGCCAAUCGGCCGGGUAUCCGGACCCGACGCACAGCACAGGGUGUCCUGCUCGUGCAGGGUGAGCCCCAAGGGCCAGCCAGGGAGGGUCCUCACCCCAUGGGAACCUGGAUGGGGAGAGGGGCAGGGGCAGGAGGAAGACAAGAGGCCAGGCCUCAUCCACCUGCCGUUGCCUGCCCAGCUCCCCCCGAGUUUGUCCAGUGGCCGCAGUCCUUGUCCAAGCCUCCAGGCAGCAGCGCCAUCUUCACCUGCGUGGCCCAGGGCGUCCCUGAGCCCCUGCUGGUCUGGCUGAAGAAUGGGAAGGGGCUGAGUCCUGGGAAUAACAUUCGGCUGACCCACAACAACAGGUACCCGAGGUACCGCUGUCCCACCCCUCCACCCCACCUACACACAACACUCUACCUCUACUCUCUGCAGCCCACACAACCCCCUGCAAUACCCCCACCCACAGGAGGCUCUGUCCUGCCUGUUUCAUACAAGCAAUACCCACACACAGGUGGUGUGUCCUGUCUCCGGGCAGGUCUGUGGGUCUCGCUGCCCCCCUGGGGGAGGGGGCUUGGCGGGAAGGAGCCCCCAGCGGCUGCAUGUGUCUUUCCCUAGCACACUGAUGCUGGCGGAGCUCUCAGCCAAGGGCGAGGCCAUCUACCAAUGCGUGGCAGAGAACAGUGCAGGCUCCAAUCAGGCCAGUGCCCGCUUGGCUGUGACAGGGGACCCAGAGCCACCCCCUGUCCCCAGGGCCUGCAGGCAGUGACUCUCUCCACCUCUGCCAUUCGGGUGUCCUGGGAACCACCCCCCUCUAACGGGGACGUCAUCGGCUACGUGCUGCACCUCCAGCCUGUGGGAGGUGGGUGUGGGUGGCUGGAUAGGAGUCCCUGGACCUAGUCCACUCUGCCUCCAGCUGGGGGGUGUCUCUGGGUAAGUUCCUCUCACUCUUAGUGACCCCCAGACCUGUCUGGGCUCUGGCCGGGCCUCUGGGUAUGUGGUCCUCUGCUACUUCCUUCUGCUCAUCAGCCCCUUUCUCACCCUCAGCCUUUCUUAUCCUGGCUCCAACUUCUGCAGCCCCCUUCCCUGCCCUCCUUGGAGGCCUGGCUGGGGCUUCGUGCCCACUUUGUGGGGGUGGGGGAUGUUUGUAGUGAGGGAAAGGGAUGCUGGUUGCCAAGCUGCUCUGUUCCUCAGAGCCAGCUGGCCCGGAGCUCCAAGAGGCCGUGGGCAAAGGCACCUUUGAGCAUGUCUUCUCCAACCUGGAGCCUGCCACAGCCUACUCCAUCCACUUGUGGGCCUACUCAGCAGAGGGUUCCAGCCAGGACUCUGUCUCCAUCCACGCCUCCACCAUGGGCAGCACUCCUGCCGCCCUGGGCUUCUCCACCAAAGUGCUCAAUGCCACCUCUGUGCAGGCCUCCUGGGAGCUGCCACCCCAGAUGGGGCCCAUCCAGGGCUUUAAACUCACUGCAAGCUGCUGGCUGCCCACUUUGAGGGGCCCCUGCUCCCGGCUAGCACUGUCAGUUCCUUCCUCUACACAGAUCUGGGGUCCAAGGCUGGGUGCUCUUGCAGCCAGGAUGAGAGCAGCUCACUGCCUGGGGUUGUGGUGGGCGUCCACGUGGGCCUGGCUGCCCUCAUCGUUGCCUCCUCUGCCUCCUUCUGGGCUGGAGACACAGCCUCUUCUGCAGACAGGGGUCUCGGGAGUGCUGGGUAGUGCCUCAGACUGCCAUGGACAGAGCUGCACGCCACAGACGCCAGGCUCCAAGUGGGAGAAAGCCGGGGGAGAAGACUGAACUCAUCACCCAGGUGAGGGGAUUCAAGUGAGGAGGAGCAGAUGAGGGGGAGCGGUGUGCUUGAGGCCGAGGCCUGACCGUCUCCUGACCCUCAGGUGACCGUGGAGCAGUCAUCCUUAACCCAGGGCUCUCCAAGUUGGGUCCCUCCCAGAUGCCACCAACUCCAGCCCCACCAACGAAUCUACCUCCCUCACCUUUCCCUGCCACCCCGGAGUCAGAAAAGAACCAAAGGUCCCUCAGCCCGCCUGGGGAGGGGUAGCCUGACCACAGGGCGAGAGGAAGGUGUGGCUUCUCUGCUUCUAACUUUUCCUCAAGAAAUGGGGGAAACUGUCCUCCUCAACAAACCACAUAACCUCAGACUAAGCCGUGCUCAAGUGGGCGUUCUCCCCAACCUGCUACUCCUGCCUCAUGACUUCACCCAGUAAAUCCUCUUGAUCCAAACAGGAACCUGCCCAAAGACAGACAGCUUUCAGGGCUCCCCCAACAAGGGGAGGCAGGGCGAGGGGCUCUGUCAUCACCUCCAUCUUCCAACUCAAACCCCCCUGUCUGAAACCCAUUUCUGUCUCCUCAUGCCUAAGCUGAAGUGUGACCCAGGGACAGGCGACUGGCCUUCCUGGUGAUCUGAAGAAGCAGGUUUGCAAAGGGGCUGCUGAGUUCCUUGCCCCCUUGUCCCAACAACAGAAGAGCACUGAACAUCUGAGUUCACAUGUGCUGUUCCUCUGAGUGACCAAAUGCCCAUCUCCCCCUUUCCAGCAUCGGUCCCUUUUCAGGGGACAUUCCUCCCAAUCUGGUUUCUAUUUUUGAAUGGAGAGAAUAGCUUGAGCUGAGGUUUUGGCGGCCUUGAACCCCCUGUCACAUGAGCACAGAGGCUGUGGAACACCCCAGCCUCUAUUCCCCUCAAUUCUAGGUUUGCACAGAGCACCUCUUUCCCACUCUUCCCUCUGCUGACCUAUGGCCCCCUGGCCCCCUGGUCUCUCCUCAUCCAGUGCUACUAUACCCUAGAACCAAAACCCGAGGCUCUCCCUCAAUCUGUCUCUCCCUCUAGGGCUGUCUGGUAUUGUGCCAAAAGGGGGGGAGGGUCUUGGAAAAAGGAAAACCUAGGGCUUAGGGGACCCCAAACUCUGUCCCCUCUGUGCUCCUGUAGGAUGACGCCAGUACCAAUGACAAGGCUCCAGCAAGGCUGGGCCCUGCCCCUCCACAAAUGCUCCUUCUGCGUAAAGGGCAGAAGCAGCUGUAACUCAGAAAUGUGGCAGGGGUUCAAGGGGUUAAGAACAGCCCCAAACUUCAAGUCAUCGAGGAGAUGGUAUCCUCUCCUCUGGGUGGGCCUGGUCUAAGUGCUUUGUUGGAAAUAAACCAAAUGGAAAAAAUAAAUUAGGAUCUGGUUAAUGUUCUAGACUGAAAGGAAAAUGUGGGGUGUCAUGGUGGUAAGACAGAGCAGUUCCAAGUUCUUCAGGGGAUGCUGCCUUCAGACUAAGAAACUAUAUUCUGCAGUUUGCUAAGAAAAGAACAGUGUGAGCCAUUGUUUAAGGUCCUCACCUGGAGAAACCAGCAAGCUAUAAAGGAUUUCGUUUAGAGACUAGAGCAGUGUGACGGGAAGAGCCAAGGACGGCUAGGGGACACCUCUCCUUAGUACAGAAUGGAGAUCCAGCAUCUGGGUUAAAUGCAGCCUCCUUCCAAAUGCCUUUAGACCCCGAGUCAUCAGGUAAUUAAAGUGGGUUCAGUGGCUUCCAGAACAUUGGAUCUACAUAAAGGUGGACAGGAACAAGAAUACAGACGUAGGUAAAGACUUAAUCAUCCCAACUGAAGAAAAGUGUACAAAGUAAAGGGUACUCCAUUGACUGGAGGGAGUACGAGCCAUAGGUCAUCUCCCAAUCACCCCUUAAACUCUCCCACCAAACUGACGCCCCCACCCCUACCAAGACUAAAGCACAAGCCACAGGAAAGUUUAGAAACCAUUCCUUUCUUUAUUAAACAUAGCUUGCAAGUGAUAAAUAUUACAAAGUUUUUUUUUCUUUUAAUCCUUUCUCCAAAAAUUAGC